CGUAACGGGCAAUACUGGAACAGAAGGAACAAUAAAGAUGACAACAACGUCCACCACCACCACCACCAUCACCAUCAUCAUCACCACCACCACCACCAUGCCCACAAUACUAUCGGAGACAACAGUGAGCACCAAACGGUAAACACUGCAUUACUUCAUCUUCUAUUCCUUCACAUGUUUGUUCAUAUGUUGUUGUUGUUGUUGUUGUUGUUUUUGUUGUUCAGCGGCACUCUUGGUCAAUUGUUUGAUCACCAUGCUAAUCUUUAUUCCCCACCCGGAUAUUUUGAUGGGCAACAUAGGCCUAAGAUUAACGACUUAACGCGUUCACUCACAGUUUUAAAGACAGGUCACGCUUCCUCGUUGGUUAAAAAUAAUUCAGGACUUUGUUUGAUAUUCGGCCUCAAAUAAACAUUAGAGACACUACAAAAAAUGGGACAAGAAUGCAACAGGCGACAACAAAACAUCCGGACAGUUGGCUGAUACAAAAAGAGACAAGAAAAAACAAGGACGGCUCGUUCGGGGUUUUCUUUCGUCAGUCAAGUUCCAGAUUAUCUUUGCAGUUUCGGCUGGCUAUAUUCGAGACUACUCCAAAAUAUAUAUAUAUGUGUGUGUGUGUAUAGUUCUGCACCACAGAAGUUUUUCUGCGAUUAAAUUCAUCAAAAGCACUGAAUUUACUAUUUUUGGAGAUGUCUCUCUCUAAAACAAAACAAAAACGAACAAAAAUACAUAAUUCCAUUUAUUGCAAAACAGGAAGUCGCGAAAAAAUAUAUUGAUGAAUUAGAAUAUUUUUGACCAAUAUGUUUUUUAGAUGUAUAAAAUUAUUAAUUCUUUGUGUAACAAGGCACAUCUUGUGAAAACGAAGCUGAAGCUCGGUCUUAACUACAAUAAAAGAAAGCAUUUCGUAUAAUCAAAUAAAACAAACAUUUUGUAAAGAGUAGGGGUGAAUGAGCCCUGAGAUUUUUUUUUCCAAAAUGGAGGAGGAUGUACAGCGACGAACGAGAAAAGGACCGAAAUUUCGUAAAAAGGAAAAGAAUAAACCUUCCGAUGGUAGGACUUUAGCCGAAAGGAUAAUUUCCCAAAGAGCUGCUCAGGGAAAUGGUGACGAUUCAGAUUAUGGUACAGCCGAAAGAAAUGGCAACCAAGUACAAGAGGGGAAGGUUUCUGAAAACAGAGAUGACUUGAGUCCAAGCGAAAGUGUUGAUAUCUCUCAUUUAACGGGCAAUGAAAAACGUUCUCCCACUCCAGAGCCGACACUUGGUGAAAAUCAUUCGGGUUCUGCCACAGACCAGAACGGCCAACAAACUCAAUCAACAAACGGCGACACACGAGCAUCUGACAAGCCUCAGAAAGCAGCGAAUAAGCCUUCCGAUUCACCUCCACCGUCGCAUGCCAAGGCUGAUGCAAAUGAGUCUGAAGAACUCAAAGACACCAAACAAAAAAAUCGUCAAGAAGGAAGUCGUACUGGCUCAGCCUCUUCCGCCCGCAGCCAAUCAGUCAAUAAUUCCAAAGAUAGUGAUAAGGCUGCAGCAGCCUCCGAUGAAAGAUCUCAAGAAAAACAUUCAGCAAAUUCCUCAGAUAACCUGCUAAUAAACGCACAAGAACAACAACAGCAACAAGGAUCGCGUAGUCCGGGAAGCAGUCCCACAUCGACAGGAAAAGCAGACGAGGAAGCUGCCGGAAAUUCACAGACAGACACGAAAUCUAAAACAUCUGUUCAAAAUUCAACCAGCCGACAAAACAAUGGUGCUGAUGAUUCUAUAGAUGCAUCGAUAAAUGUAAAAGACGGCGAUUCUUCCACAGACUCCGAUGAGUUGCGAUUAACAGCUGGUUCUUCCUCUGCCGAAGUAAAUGCAAAUAGCAAAAACGAUGAUAGUUCGCUUCAAGACUCAGAAAAGAAAGAUGCAGCAGGACGCAUUGAAUUAGGAUCUGAUAAUUCAGAAGCACCAACUAAUCAAAAUGUAGAUGCUUCUAUUCACACAUCAACAGAGAAUACCCCUGAAGCGCCUUCAGGAUCUAGCGAUGGGGAUCUUGCAGAAUCUUCAUCAUCAACGCAGCCGAAAUCAAAUGAUCCAAAACUGGAAAAUUCAUCAGACGACAAGAUUGAUCAGCCAUCAGAAAACUCACCUGCUGUAAAAAACGGAGAAUUACCAAGAUCCGACACUUUUGUGAAAGACAGUGGAGGGGAUUCACCAUCGGAAAAUGAUCCUGUCUCAAAAUUUGUUAAUAAAGACCUUGAUAAAAUGGAUUCUAUUGAAAUCGAUGCCUGUAUGAAGACGCUCGAAGAAAUGGUCGAUCAAAGUCUCCAGUCACUAGUGUCUGGAGACAAAGAAGAGCCUAAAGUUUUGCCAAUCAAUGAAGAAUUGAAGAAGAAAGUAUUGAGUGAAGACUUCCAGAAGAAAAUUGAUAGUUUUUUAACCGAUCUAUGAAUCCAAUAUUAGGUUAAAGAUUCUGUUAAACAAUAAAACUGAGCAAAACAACGACAACAACAAUAUAAAAAAGACAUAAACAUUCUAUAUUAAAGCAAUAAAAAUAUUACCAAAAAAAAAAAGCAAAGGCAAGGAAAAUAUUAACGUUAAGAAUAAAUUUAUUUAUUUAUUAUUUAUUUAUUUUUGCAUGUACAGUACCAGUUUUUGGCAGACAGACGUAAAAAUCAAUUGAAACAAAUUUACUAUUUUCAGUAACGCUGGCGGAAAGUGGGUUGAAUAAGAAGCAGACACUCUAAAGAUUAGAGCAGCAAAGCUUCAAAUGACUAAAGCUAAAACCUGGUCAUAGAGGGACCAAUGGUUUCGCAUCCGCCAAAGCCGCAAUCUUGUGGACAGCUCAUCAGACUUUAUACAAAGACAAAUUUGACUCUUCACCUUGGGGAGGUGGAGAAACACUAUGGACAACUGGUAAAACGGCUAUCGGAGAAAAAAACAAAACAAAAAAAUCUGGUAGUGAGGACAGGUUGUCUGCCCUGGACCAAGGUUUAAUCGGAGAUGGAGACCUAUUUCCUAAGGUCUCUUACGAGCCUAAUCAGCGAGCAGUGAAUCCGAACUUUGCAGGAGGUAGCGCUUGAAAUGGACAUAAUGUGUACAUAUUUCAGCGAGCCAGGCGUAGCAUGGUUUUUAAGAAUUUUGGCUCGUUCAGUGAUGCAGAUUUUGCAAAGCCUGCUCCCAUUAGUAUAUGAGCCAGGUUGUUCUAAGAUCUUCCACAUGAUAUCCCUUGAUCUUUGAGAUGCCAGACAUGGCUGACCAUGAACGUAACAAAACGUCUUUCUGAGAUCCGGAAGGAUGACUGGUGAUUGUAGAAGCGUCGCUUGAAAGGUAUGCUGGCCGAUCCGAUGUAUUUCUGGUUGGCUCCGGGCCUGGGGAUGUUGUUCGUGCCAACGAUGUUGCUGGCGCUCUAUCAUUAUGGCGCAUUGGUCUGGCGGUGCUGGUAUGCCUGUUGUUGCUGUAGUGGCCGUGCCUAGCAUGUUGGAGAUGUAGGGGGCGGCAGCGCCGAUGAUAUCUCGGCCAGAGGAUUGAUUCAAGAUCCUCUUGCUGAUAACCUUCACUAAGUUCAUGAACACAAUAGUGGGGUGAAAGGGGGCUAUGUUAAUGUAGGACAGCUUCUCGUUUGGCUUGCAGUGGGGCCUGUGUAUACCUAAGCCCAGGUUUUAAGUAACAAUGGUGAUCUUGAGUCUCAUGGAGCCUAGAGUACUAAUCAGGUCCUUUCUAAGUCUAUCUAGAGUGUGCCCGUUGGCUCCUCCAGAGAUGGCUUGAGCGUCAUCUCUGUAGAGACCAAAGAGGACCGAAGGAAACCUCUUCCUUAAGAUGUUCAGUCCGAUAAGAACGCAGACGUCGGUGCUGUCGUAGUCUUCCAUAGCCGCAACGAAGGAGCCCUCAGGGCCAGAUUGCUUGACCCACGUCGGAUCUUUGUUGAACAUCACCGUCUUCCUGGCGUGCAUGAUAACGCCAAUAUCUCUAUCACUAAUGUCUGUGAAGCCCUUAGCAAAGGAAAUUACCUUCAUCAGCAACCCUUUUGAUAUCGACGAGUGUAAAUCUAGCCCUGCCCCUCUCCCGGUUGGCAUUACACCAUGAGGCCACUUCGUUGGUGCUGCGCCAUAGAGAGAGGCAGUUGGCCCUCCUUAUGUCAUCAUUAAUCUUCUUCAUUAUAGGCUUGCUCGCCUGGUCAAUCUCGUAUUUGGCCGAGUUGAUCAGACGGCAUUUGGGGUUAGAGGCAAAGUUCGCUUUCUGGCCAUUUAUUGUGACCAGAUUUAAACUUUAGUGAUUUAAUAAAUUAUAUAUAUAUAUAUUGGGUCAUCCCAUAAAUAAUGUAGUUUUUUAUGCUUCUUUUAGUUUUCAUAAUUAAGAUAAAGUUCUUUUUUAAUCUAAAAUAUGCUCUCCUUCAUUUUCUACAACGCUCUUCCACCUAUCCGGUAGACUUGCAAAGACGCUCUUCAAAAAAUUGCUUGUCCGUGACGAAAAAUACUCCCCCAGUACUGUUCUGACCUGGUCUACAGAAUUCAUAUUUUUCCAUCCAAUUGAUUUUGAAGACUGCGGAAUAAAUAACAAUCAGAUGAGGCCUUUGGAAUGUCAUCCUUGCUGGAUGUGGCCAAGCAUUCUCCUGAAGGAAGAACACCUUUCAUCUUGAAACCAAAGACGGUCAUUUUCCUUCUAGAGCUGAUUUGAAUGACUGGUUAAAUGACCAAAUCCAAACUUCUCUGCUAGAUCCUCAACAGUUACGAUAGGAUUUUGUUCUACCAGGGUUUGCAGGACGUCCUCAUCGAGCUCUAAAGAUCUUCCAAGACGUGGCUCAUCUUCUAGGCUGCAGUUUCUGGCUGGGAAUUUCUGAAACCACCGUUGACACUGGCUUACGCUUAUUGUCCAAUCCCCAUACACUGCAUUAAUAGUCCUUGCACUUUCCAUUGCCUUGUUACCUCAUAAAGCAAAAUAUGCCGAAUAUGCUUCUUUGUUACUUCCAUUAUAGCUUUGAAAAAAUAAAGGUUAAAAUCGAAUUGCACUCUUCAAAACUUGCACCAAGAAUAAGGAUAAGGUAAAAUUACUACCUGGUCUUGUAGCAAGUCGAUACAGGUAGUUUAUCCCGCCAUUCCCCUCUGACUUUUAGUUCAUGCAAUUGAAAAAACCACAUUAUUUAUGCGAUGAUAGUUCAAGAGACCAUGCGUCAGAAAAAAACAGAUUGGGUGGGGUGUAUAUUAAUUUUCCAAUUUUUUUUUUCUUGUUUGUCAUUUGACUGUGGCCAUGCUGAAGCACCGCCUUUAGUUGAACAAAUCGACCCCAAGACAUAUUCUUUGUAAGCCCAGUACUUAUUCUAUUGAUCUCUUCUGCUGAACCGCAAAAUUAUGGGGAUGUAAACACAUCAGCAUCUGUUGUCAAGUGAUGGUAGCAGAGACAAACACACACACACAUAUAUAGAUAUAUACAACAGGCUUCUUUCAGCUUCUGUCUACCAAAUCCACUCACAAGGCUUUGGUUGGCCCAAGGCUAUAGUAGAAGACACCCAAGGUGACACGCAGUGGGACUGAACCCAGAACCAUGUGGUUGGUAAGCAAGCUUCUUACCACACAGCCACUCCUGUACCUAUGGCUGAUAUUUUUUUCAAAAUUACUUGAAACAUUUACAGAAAUUUUCUGUUAGAACCUCAACAGGAUUAACUGACAGAAAUGGAAGAAUACUUUAGAGAGGUAGUGCCCCAGCAUGGCCACAAUCCAAUGACUAAAGCAAAUGAAAAACAAAAGGAUAAUGAACAAGAAAAUAAAGAGACAGCUAUUACAAAAUAAUAUACACAAGUUGAUCGAUUUUUGUUAUUUUCUUUUGUUCAACAAAACUAAAGGAAAAAAAAUAAAUAAAACAAAAAAUAUUUCAAUUGUU